AUGUCACAGUUAAUGGACGUGGUUGUAAUAGGUUGCGGCGCGUCCGGUGUAACGGCGCUGAGGAAACUGCAUGAUGCUGGACUGAAAGUGCUCGGACUUGAAGCGGCUGAUAGAAUCGGUGGUAGGAUUUGCUCAGUGCCCUUUGGAACCGGAUACGUGGAUAUUGGUGCUGCUUGGUGUCAUGGAGAAAAAGACAACAAAGUAUUUGAACUGGCCAACACAUACAAUUUGCUCGGUAGACCAGAUAGCGAAGAAACUAAAUGCUUUGUUUACAAAGGAACGUCUUCGGAAGAAGCUGAGAAAAUUAUAGAUAUACUUGAAAAUGCAGUUACUGUUGCUGAUAAGAAUAAUACUAAAGCUAUUUCAGAAUGUUUAAGGGAUGCUGUGAAUUCCAGAAGAAACCUUUCAAAAGAUCCUCAAUUGGUGAACGCGAUAGUGGAAUGGUAUGAAAGAAACAAUCACGUAGGAGGUCAAAACGAUCCCCGUACUGGAAAGUCUUUGAAAGGACUUGAAGAACAUUGGCCUUGUGAAGGAGAAAUCUGGUUGAAUUGGAAGGGAAGAGGAUAUAAGACUAUUUUGGAUGUCUUACUGAAUAGAUAUCCUGACCCGUCAAAGGAGAUCCCUGUACAGAUACUUCUGAAGAAGGAAGUAGAGAUCAUUAAAUGGCGGUCGGCUGAUGAUCAGGUCAAUCCCUUAGUUCACGUAAAGUGCAAAGAUGGCAGCUUGUACGCUGCUAAGAGUGUGAUUGUUACUGUACCGCUGGCUGUUUUAAAAGAAAGGCACAACCAUCUCUUCAACCCACCUUUACCUGCCGAAAAAGUAAACUCUGUCAAUAACCUCCAUUUCACAAUUUUGGGCAAAAUCUACAUUGAGUUUGAAAAGCCUUGGUGGCCAGCUAAACGUUCAAAUUUUUCCAUUUUUUGGCGCGACGAGGAUAAAGCUAGGUUUUCUACGAGCGAAAAGUGGAUAACCGAGAUUCAUGGACUCCAGACAGUUGAACAUCAACCCAAUUUACUAUUGGCUUGGAUUUAUGGAAACGGAGCAGAGGAAAUGGAGAAAGUUAAUUUGGAAGGAGUGAAGGCGGGUGUUCAGAAGUUGUUUGAUGUAAUGCUAACGCAGUAUAAAGUCACAACGAUAGGGAAUAUUUUGAGAUCUCAAUGGACCAUCAAUCCUCUAGCAAGAGGAACAUAUUCUUACCGCAGCGUAGCGUCUGAACAAAGCGGGGCCAACGCCGUCACCCUGAGCGAGCCCCUAUUCAGCGGGCACAGUCCGGUGGUAUGUUUCGCAGGAGAAGCUAGCUCGCAUCAUUAUCAUAACUCUGUACACGGAGCCAUAGACGCUGGAUUUAGAGAGGCAGAACGGUUGAUAGACGCAUUUAGACGAAAACUAUUGUAAAGCUUUAACUAUUAGGCUCAGCGUAUAUAUAUGAUUAUAUGAACAAACUAUUGUACCUACCAAAAUCGAGGAAAUAAAAUUUGACUAGGUUGGUUCAAAUCUCAAGUAGGUAACCACAUUUAGUUGGUACGUCGUUUUCGCUUUUUGCCCGUGAAUCACCUGAUUUUGAAGUUACACGUGUGUUUAAUUCUUCACACCAAGACAAGCUUAUUUUGGCUCAGAAAGUUUUCAAUCUGGAGAACCAUUAAGCUUAGCUUAAAUUUGAUUUCACCUCGGUACAGUCGGUAUUUGAUCGGUUUUAGUAACGGAAACCUAGCUAGCUACGCAGAAUUUGAUUUGCAAACGAAGCAGGAACUAAAAGUACUACAAAUACCGUCUACACCUGGGCACAAUUAGAUAUUAAGCUACACAGUUGCUGUGGUUGUCGAGAUUAAAAACGUCAGUGAAAGGUUUAAACCUGACUUUCGCUACUAUAACCAACCAAAAAUCGACUACUUGUUCUGAAAAUUGAGUGGACUGUCCACUACAAAAUAAGCUAAAAACACCCUUGAUAACUUUAAACUCUGUACCGCCAUUACCUAGAUUAUCUGCAACCAAGUAUCAAUUACUAGUCAAAUGUUAAUUCUUCAAUAACGGCGCCGCCAAUUCAUUGUUAAUUUUAUACUUGAAAGUGGAAAUUGGGACCAAAAUCAUCGCCCUGUGUAACGCUCAUUUCGUCGCCUUACGUUCACAAAAGUACGAAGUUACUGAAAUGCAAAAAAUGUAUUGUUUAUACAAAUUUGCUGGCUGAUUUCACAUCAUGGGAAGAAAAUGGUUCCUUCAUAUUCACAC